AUGCCCGGCGAAGGUCCGCCUUUGCCAAAUAGGUUUCCUUGCCUUUGCAAAGCCAUUUAUUCUUGGGGUGGAGAGACCAAACGGGAUCUAGGUUUCGUGGAAGGUGAUCUGAUCGAAUGCCUUAACGCUGGUGAUGGGCAAUGGUGGAUGGGACGUUUAAGGCGCAAUAAACAGGUUGGACUAUUCCCCUCGAACUUUGUCGAAGUCCUCGACCACCCUAUUCCACCAUCACGGCCGGUUUCAAGGAAUGGUGCUUCUAGCCCGGCGCCCCACGAUGGAAGCAUCUCUCGCGCCGUAUCUCCUGCUCCUAGUGUGUAUUCCCGAGCGGCCUCACCACAACCUCCCGUACACCAGUACCUAGAUCGUGGCCGAUCGCCUUCCCCGAAUCCAUGCCAACAUCAACAAUGUUACUCUCGAGCAGCAUCCCCUAAUCCUUAUACGAGAGCAGCGUCCCCCAAUCCCUACAGGGCCGUUUCCCCCGAUCCAUAUCAACGACAUUCGAGAGCCCCAUCACCGAAUCCGUAUCAAAGGGCUGCCUCCCCCAAUCCAUAUAGAGCAGUCUCUCCAGCGCCCGGGAGUUACAACUCUCGAGCGCCUCCCACAAGCCACCAACGUGCUGCCUCUCCUAACCCGUAUAUAGGACACGAUCGCGUACAGGAUGAUGUCCCUCCACCAGCACCUCCUCCUCACCGAUAUCAGCGCGCCAACUCUCCCUCACCACCUCAGGAUGGACGCCGGACACCCGCCGCCGACCGCGCCCAUUCACCUGGUCUUCUGGGGAAUACCCCAAGUCCACUACGCACUGCUAUGGAGGAUGUUAUGGAGAGUUUGGAACAUAUGGCAAGCCACGAUGAGCGACCACGAACCCCCCACCACGACCCUUGGUCUCCUAAAGCCUUUGCCGACCAAUUCCAUCCUUCCCCUAGAAGGAGUUACAUAAGACCUGAAACGUCAUUGGGCAUUGGUGAUCGAAAUGGCUAUCUUGGCGACGAUAGGAAUGGGGAAAGGGGGGGGAUGCCAUACCCGGAUAAGCCCCGUCGACCUGCGUCGCGAGUGGAAGACCGGACACGGCGAUUCCAGUCUUCGGAUCGAUAUGGCGCAGACGAUGACGAUAUGCCACCAGUUCCUCCGCCAAAAAACCCUACAUACACUGAUACAAUCCGACCACGGACUGGCGACGCCUCAACCCAGAAUAGGAAAUAUAUGUAUGAUGUGGGUCGCAAGAGCCCAAGUCCAACGAAACUAGUCCGUCCAAGGCCACUUUCGAGAAACACGACAAUCAAAUCGACCACCACAUCACACCAAUCAUCAAGUACAAAUACAACUACUUCGACAGCUGCAACCAGCACGAGCAUAAUGAGCGGUAUCAGCGCUGGUGGGUUUUCAGCGACUAGUGCGGGCAGUUUGGCAAGGCGAAAGUUGAAGGCAAUGAGUGUGAUUGAAGGGCAUGGGCAGCGAUUCAGCCUUAGUAACUUUGGGAGAACGGAAGCCCCUUCUCCAAGCCCGGGGAUAAGGUCGGCAAACGGCGGGGUGCCUAAUGUGUUACGAAGAGGUCAAACUUGGGCCGCCUCAGAAGCAGCCCCAUCCGGCGGUGGUGCUGGCGUAUUUGGAGGACUCACAGCUCCUAAACCGAAGAAGACAGGAUUCCUCAAGAAAAUAUUAAACAGUGCUAAAACAAGUACAGCAUCCGCUAGAAGCAUUGCAAACUCGCCAACUUCAUUUUCAACCCCUAAAACAAUACCCGAUGGGAUAAAUUCAAUUGCUAGCGGCAAGGCUGUUGCGCAGCAACAGAGUCAAGAUUGGGUACAGGUCAGAAGGGACGUUAAUCGAUCAAACACGUUCUCCAGAAACGAACGGAUAGAGCGACAAGAAAAGCAACAAUUGAUGGAUCAAGUAGUGCUUCGGCCUGUGGAUGCCCUGGACGACGAUGUGGACGGUGAUGAAGCAGCAGACGGUGGAAUCGUGCAACGACCAGCUGACUUUGAUGCCGCCAAUUUAAGUCUAGUAGACAAGUCUGCCAGGUUCAUUGGGAACACACCACCUUUUACAACACCUGAGAGCCUAGCAAAUCAUCACGUCUGUCGCCCAUACCGGAGCGAUGUUCAACGAUUGCGCGCUAUAUUCACUUGGGUUUCGGAGAAAAUAGCUUGGGAGCACCCUAGUGGGCCACUGAACGGGGAGAUGGGUGAUGAGCUGGAUACAGGGCUAGUAAUAGCCCAGAAAAGAGGAAGCCCGGAGGAAGUUGCCGCAGUGGUUCUCGGAAUGUGCAACGCAGUGGGGAUUUCAUGCGAGACAAUCAGAGGAUAUCUAAAAGCGCCCGGAGAAGUCCUGGACGUGGACAUGUGCCCACGACCCAAUCAUUGGUGGAAUGCAGUAGUAGUGGACGGGGAAUGGCGAUUCAUGGAUUGCUCCCUCGCCUCUCCGACGCAUCCAAGACGAGUAAUGUACUCAUCAUCACCACUCGGACAAGCAGACUUCUUCUGGUUCCUGACCAAGCCGAGCCAAUUCUGCUGGACGCAUAUUCCCAUAAUGAUGGAGCAGCAGCACAUUGUCCCAGCUCUCCCCAUGCCAUACUUGCUGGCGCUCCCAUGCGCGUGUCCGCCGUUCUUCAAACACGGCCUCCAGAUGAUCAACUUUGACACCAGCCUUACUAGAAUCGAAGAUUUAGAGGUUGCGCAAGUCGAGUUUAGUGUUCCUGCUGAUAUAGAGUGCUUUGCGGAGGUUGAAGUAAGGGGGUUUGCAACCGACCAGGACGGCGAUAUCUACGACACCGGAGACGUGGUGAAGAAGCGGGCGUUAUGUCAAGUUGCAUGGGAGAAUAGGGUUAAGACGUAUAGAGUGAAGGCAGUGCUACCCGGCGAUGAAGGACAAGGCGUGUUGAAAAUAUAUGCCGGGAAACGCAGGUUGAUACUCUCAAUAAAAGACAACCCCCACCCCCUAGCCCUCGCCUUGCCCAUAACCCACACAGGCGAAAACCCCCCCUAUGAAUUCCUCGUCCGACAUCCAACCCCGCACGCCCAGCGCCACGAUUUAUACAUCUCCCAGCCGCAGUGCUCAAAGUUGGCCGUGAACAACACCUUCGUUUUCGCCGUCCGUCAACACCCCAGCGAUGGCCCUCCCAACUCCUCCCCCUCCAGUGUUUCGGGAAACGCACCAAAACCGGCAAAGCUAGCGAUCCAAACGCCUAGCGGGAAAAUCCUCCGGCUAAUGAAGAAGCCAGACUCGAUGGGUUCGGAAAACGGCAUGGUCUGGGAGACCAUUAUUAAGUGUGGCGAGCGUGGGUCUUGGAGGGCGUUGGUGCUAGCGGACAGGAGUGCUCGGUGGUGCGUCUAUGCGGAGUGGAACGUUGUCUAG